GGCUACGGGGGGCGAGACAUCAUAAGAAUGAUCUGCAAUUAGAUAUCUGGACUAUACCGUAAAGAUGCUGGAACAGAAUGGGGGAAAUAGUUACUGCUUUGGACUAUAGUCAGGCUAUAUUUGACGCGCAUUGUAACACAGGUGAAAAAAAUGAAGACUUAUUAAUGUAAAUAAUAGAAGGAAAUAAAUACACACAAAUUUGGGUGUUUGAUGCCUGAAUUUUCUAUGUGCCUUGUUCUGUCGGGUUGCUUUGAUGUUGUUGUGAAGGCUCCGUACGGAACUGGUAUAUUUGUUAUUUAUUGACAGUUUUUCAACUGAGAAAGGUGGGCAUAAUUGAUAGAAUGUCUUCGGUUUGCAACUGCUAUUUUAAGGUUCUGCAUAGGCCCUGAGAAUCCCUGCGACGAAGGGAGCGGAUGCUCAUCCCUGUGACCCGAACGCGUCCUGAAAAUGACCAGAUUGAUGUUGGGCAGGACGCUGGAAAGGAUCUGCAAGGCCGUCCUCCUACUCUGUCUCGUGCACUUCCUCAUCAUGAUGAUUCUGUACUUUGACGUCUACAGUCAGCGCUUUGACAUCUUCAGCCGCUUCAAUGGGCGCAACUUCUCACGGACACACCACUACUACAACCUCUCGCGUCCCAAUGGCACCUUCCCCACAUACCUGCCUGCGGGGGACCACUUCCUGCCGAGCACGAAGCCCGAAACUAACUACACGCCCACCAUCAAGCCUCUACCGCCAUGCCCUGAGGUGCCACCUGGGUUAGUUGGCCGCUUGCUUAUCGAGUUCAGCUCUGCCAUGACGCUGGACAGAGUGCAGAAGGAGAAUCCGGACGUGACAAAUGGGGGGAAGUACACUCCUCCGGAUUGUAAAGCCAAGCAGAAGGUGGCCAUUAUCAUCCCUUACCGGCACAGAGACCACCAUCUCAAGUACUGGCUGCACUACCUCCACCCCAUUCUCCGUCGACAGAAGAUUGACUACGGGAUCUUUAUUAUCAACCAGUAUGGGGAGGACACAUUCAAUAGAGCGAAGCUGCUGAACAUCGGAUAUACAGAAGUCCUGAAGGAUGCAGAGUAUGACUGCUUCAUAUUCAGCGAUGUGGACCUGAUCCCCAUGGACGAUCGCAACCUGUAUCACUGCUAUGACCAGCCGCGGCACUUUGCCAUCGCUAUGGAUAAGUUCGGAUUCAGGUUACCUUACGCUGGCUAUUUUGGAGGGGUUUCGGGUCUCAGCAGAGUCCAGUUUCUUAAAAUCAACGGUUUUCCAAACGAGUACUGGGGCUGGGGCGGUGAGGAUGACGAUAUUUAUAACAGGAUCACGCUGAAUGGAAUGAAGGUCUCUCGUCCUGACGUGCGGAUUGGGCGGUACCGGAUGAUAAAACAUGAGCGAGACAAGCACAACGAGCCCAACCCGCAGAGGUUCAAUAAAAUCCAGAACACCAAGGCCUCAAUGAAGCGUGACGGCAUUAACUCAUUGCAGUACCGUGUUCUGGAGGUCACCAAGUACCCACUCUUCACCAACAUCACCGUGGAGAUCGGCAAACCACCGCCCCGCCCCCCUAGAGGAUAGACCUUCCUAGAUUCAGGGAUGCAAAUCUCAGACACCAACAUACAAACGCAUCCUCCUGCUGUUCUCUUCUCACCCUGCCUGUCAGGGGUCCAACCAAAAGGAAAGCCUUAAUCAGUGGCUGCUGUCCCAAGCUUUGAGGGACUGCAGAUCCCUUUGAGAAGGCACAAACCCUGUGCUUCACAAGACUCAAUACAAAACCCUUUGUUUGGCCUCCCUGGAAUGCUUUCUUCAUCGGGGUAAAUUCAUUUUGCAACCCUUGUCUUCGUAACUAACCUCUGCAUACUGUUACACUUUGAGUGCAGCCCUGCAAACAGGGAGUGCUUUUAACUCAAAUGUUUUACUUUUGAAGUACAUUUUCUUUUCCUUUUUUGUUUACAAUAUACCAUAUCCGGCUUCUGUUUAAUUCAAGUUACGAAAACAUCAUUUCGGAAAGGAAUCAACAAUCUUUGAUUAUUAUCAUUUUAGAGGAUUGUUAUAUCAGAUGAGCAACAUACUGUACAGAUUUGUUUUAUUAGUUUAUACAGGGUUUAAUAUCUUGGAAUAUCUUGAAAGCUUUGUUUUUCUUUAUCCUUUGAAUGGUCUCAUACAAUCUAUCUCAAGACCAGAUACUUUCUUUUUUAAUAUAAAAAAAACAACAAACUGAAAUACUCAAUUGAAUGUGUCCCUGUGGUUGCCUCAUUCGGAACUUUAUUGGCAUCAGUAUUACUUUUAAAUACAAAUGCUUUAUCUUACGGAUUAGUGCUCAGUGAAGGACUGUGUGAAUUGGAUUUUCUGUCCCGUGCAGCCAGGUUUUAUUUAAGCAGAUCUGACAAGUUGUAAAAAGAGGAAUUGAGUCUGCAAAGGAAAAGGGUCUGGAGCUGACAGAACUUGGUGCUCAAGAAUAUCAAAUAACUGGAAUACACCUAGUGGCCAGCCAUAUGCCAUUAACACUGAGGCUGAACUGAGUGAGCCUUUAUUCCUACUAGGUUGCUGCUGAAACUCCAUAUUCAGAAUAUUGAUUUCAAAAAAUAUGUGGCAUGUGCAGUGCAAGACUAUUGUCUCAUUAGGUAUUUAUGGAGACAUCAGCUGGUGGUUUGAUUGUAAUUAAUCUAACAGUUUUCACUGGAAUUAUAUUACACUGUUUGAAAACGGAUCUCAUUAGCCAGAGACGAUUUUGUUUCCUUUAUUUUAUUUCUUUUGCAGAAUAACUGUACUCUUUUUAUAUAACAAUAACCCAAUGAACAACAGUUUUAACGUCUUUUAAUUCGCCGCCUUCAGAUAUUUUUUUUUUGUUUGUUUGUUUGUACUGCCUAAACACCAAACCGAUGCCUUCGGAAUUUUUAUGAGGAGCAAACGACUGGGAAUGCUGCAUUCUGGGGGAUUUUUGUAUUGAUGUUCCUGUGUGUAGUGAAUUGAUGUGGAAGUCUUUCUCUUUUGUACCAUUAUCUUGGCUUGGCUCAAAAGAUUUCAAGUAUUCAAAAA